AUGAGUUCUUGCAGCAACAUCUGUGGAUCCAAGCAGGCACAGCCUGCUACAGAGGGUGGGUACCAGCGCUAUGGAGUCCGGUCCUACCUGCACCAGUUUUAUGAAGACUGUACCACCUCAAUCUGGGAGUAUGAGGAUGAUUUCCAGAUCCAGAGAUCACCUAACAGGUGGAGCUCAGUGUUCUGGAAGGUCGGACUCAUCUCUGGCACAGUCUUCGUGAUUGUCGGAUUGACUGUUCUGGCGGUGGGCUUUCUUGUGCCCCCCAAAAUCGAAGCCUUUGGCGAAGGCGAUUUUGUGGUGGUGGACACCCAUGCUGUCCAGUUUAACGGAGCCCUUGACACGUGCAAGCUGGCAGGAGCCGUUCUCUUCUGCAUUGGGGGCACGUCCAUGGCAGGGUGCCUGCUGACGUCAGUGUUCGCCAAAAGCUACUCCAAAGAAGAACAAUUCCUCCAGCAAAAGUUUAAAGAGCGAAUUGCAGACAUCAAGGCCCACACCCAGCCCAUUACAAAAGCUCCAGGCCCAGGGGAAACAAAGAUUCCAGUCACUUUGUCCAGGGUUCAAAAUGUCCAGCCUAUCGCGGCAACCUGAAAGAUUUCCAGCCCCGGUACUCUCCUCUCUGAUUUACACACAGUGUUAAAAUGGAGCAGGCCAGUUUUUGAGAUGGCAGGAAUUUGGCGUUGACUUGCCCCAGGGCUGUGCUCGGCUGUGGGCAGUACAGUGCGUGGGCUCACCCUCGCUCAGUUCAGGUGGGUCUGGAGAAGGUUGAUGCCAUGUGUCAGCCUGUGCACGUGCACCCAGCUGCUUAAAGGGGUGCUUCUGUGUGCCCUCCUGGAGCCCUCUGGAA